GUGAGCUGCGCGUGGGAGCAUCUGAGGAGCCUGCCCAUUUAUUGAGGGCAAUCUUGUCUUCUUUGAAUAAAAUUUCACGUGUCGCCUCUAGAAUAUUUGGGCCAGGUCGAGGGGAUCGACGAGCUGGGGCACGGGGAGAUCGGCUUGGGCUUGGUCUUCAAGGCUGCUGGACACGAGCUCGUGAAGGCAAGAAGAGAGGGAAAGAGAUCGACGUGGGCCAGCUUUCUUGCGUGUGCAACUUGGGCCAAGAGGCUUGGGCCUGCCUAGGAGGCGCUGGGCGUGGAACAAAGAGGGGAAGGAGACGCUUGCCUCCCACCAUGCCACAUCUUUUCCAGGAGGUGAUCUGCUCCAUGAAAUGCGCGCCUACUCAAUGUUCCCCAAAUGCAGUUCGUGCAAUGAUGGGGUUCUCGAACUUGAGCAAGUUCUUUGAUCUUGGCUUGACUAUACAUGAGUUAUGUUACUUCUUUGAGAUUGGCCACAAGGAAGGUGUAGGGCAGCUGAGGUCUCACCAUAGGCUACUCGAUGCUUCUAGCAAAGGUGAUUAUGAGUGGGUGAGAGAUACCUUUGAGGUGAGCGAAGAGUGGGAGUCUGACUAUUCUCCUGAGCUGCAUGUCCUGACUACCUUUAUCAAUCAUUCAGAGUUUGGCUCAACUUUAAGGACUUCACCAGUUAUGAAAAAAGUGCAUGUCGCCUUGAGCAUUCCUGCUGAGUACUGUGAGUGGUCUGGCUGCUCAGCCGUUUUCGUCGGGAGAAAGGUGGCCUGCCUCCGAAGGAAGAGAUAAAGCGAAUAAAGAACGAGAAGUUGGCUUGCCCGAUCGCUACUGUAAAGCCUGCUGCCAAUGAUGGUGGAAAGAAAAGGUCUUCCUCACCUACUUGUAAGACUUCGGCUGAGAAGAAGCCAAACACUUCUUUUGCUGCUCGUGGGAGCUCGUCUUCUGCCAAGAAGUUUGUCAUUGAUCUAAUUUCCCUCAAAGGGACAAAGAAGAUUGUUGAGCCUAAGCCUGUGAAACCUGCUGCUCCGAAGGUGACCGCAUCCAUUGCUAAGAGACUUGCCGAGCGGAAGGGUUCAGUGACGUCUUCGGUGUUCGGGUUUGUAUCGAAGCGUCCAUCAGAAACUAAGUCUCAAUCGGCUUUUGAGAGGUUCACUGCUAUAAAGAGCGGGAAGAUGGAUUAUGUGCGAAAGUGGCGUCUGGGCCUGCUCCUCCUUCUACCAUGACUGAAUCGUCUGCUGAGAAGAGGAAAUCUGCUUACACGGGCAGUUGUGAGAGAUUCACUGAGUCUGAGGCUGGAGAGUUUCCCAAGGUUUGUGCACUGCUGAAGGUUGACCUACUUGAGGACGUUGAUGCAUGCACCAAGUUUGUUGACAGUGUUGGGAAAGUUGUCGUCCACUAAGACUCUUUUGCGAAGCGUCCUGCCUACUCGGGAAAGUCUCCCUUGAUUGCUACAAUGCAUAAGACUUUGAUCCUGGCAACCAAGUCUAUGCACGUUGAUCAGGAUGCUGUCAAGUGUGCUAAAGAAACCGAAGUGGCGUUGGUGGCUUAACUUCGCUCGGCUGCUGAAAAUAUCUAUAAGCUCGAAUCUGAACUCGCAGUUUUGAAAGGGUCUAAUGUUUCUACCCCUACUUCUUUAUAGCUGAAGAUCGCUCAUCACAAGGUGGCCCAUUUGAAUGCUAGGCUUAGUGCGACUUAAGCGAUGUUGGAAGCUGCAGAUAAGGAAAUUCGUCGUGUUUCUCCAGUGGUCGAGGACCUUGAGCGUGUCAAUUCAGAGCUACGAUCUGCUUGCUUUGUUAAGGACGAUGAGCUUGUCUUUAAACAUGUUGAAGUGUCUUGUCUCAAAAAGGUUGCCAGUAAGCUUAAGUCCAAGGAGAUGAAUCUGCAAGGUGCGUUGUCUACUAGCGAGAACCUGAAAAAAGGAACUGGAUAAGUUACAGGGUGCUCACACUGGGCUUGUUGAUGAGAAUGCGCAGCUGAAGAAUGAGAAAGUUGGUCAUGAAGUGGCACUUGCUUCUUGUCAGGCAGAUUUCUACAAGCUUGGCUAUGUAGACCAUCUUCAAGGUAGGCUGUCGGAUUAUGAGUUUUCCGAGAAGGACUUCGAUAAUUUUUCCAUUUCUCUAGUUGAUCUGCUUGAUUUCUUAUUUGAGGCUGCCUUUGGUGGGGCAGUUGAGGGUCAGGCAGUCCAGGCAGAGACGGCUGAGGAUGAGCAGAUGGAAGUUUUGGCUGCUGGGAAUGGCACAACUGCUGAAUGCGUGGCAGUCGAGGAACCUGUGGUUGUGCAAGCUAUUAAGGAGUAGUCUUUUUGCUUAAACUUAGGAGUUUUCUUAUUUUCCUUUUUGUUCAGCUUUAUUUGAACUUUGCUGGCCUUCA